AGAUCCAGGUUACUCCAAGCGGCAGCAGCUGGUGGAGAAAUGGAGAUGCAAUCCUAUUACGCCAAGCUCUUGGGGGAAUUGAAUGAACAGCGGCAGAGGGACUUUUUCUGUGACUGCAGCAUCAUUGUGGAAGGGCGGAUCUUCAAGGCCCACAGGAACAUCUUGUUUGCCAACAGCGGCUAUUUCCGAGCCCUGCUCAUUCACUACAUCCAGGAUAGCGGGCGGCACAGCACCGCCUCCUUGGACAUCGUCACCUCCGACGCCUUCUCCACCAUCUUAGACUUCCUCUAUUCUGGGAAGUUGGAUUUGUGUGGAGAGAACGUGAUUGAAGUUAUGUCGGCUGCCAGCUACCUGCAGAUGAAUGACGUGGUGAACUUCUGCAAGACAUACAUCAGAUCAUCCCUAGACAUCUGCGGAAAGAUGGAGAAGGAGGCCGCUGUGGCUGCAGCGGUGGCAGCAGCGGCAGCGGCAGCGGCAGCAGCGCCUCAUCGGGUGGACAGUGGAAGCCCCAGUUCAGGCAGGGAAGGGACCUCCUGUGAGACCAAGAGCUUGGUCUCUCCAGCCGAGGGGGAAGAGAGUGUGGAUCGGCCCAGAGAGUCCCACUGUGGUGACUGCAGAGGCUGCCACCCUCUGGCACUGGUGGGGAAAGACAGCCAGGGCAGUGGCUCAGUGGACAGUGACCGCCCCAUUCGACCCAAACAUAUGGAGCCCAAGGUGGAGUUCGAUGCCGAGGAAGUGGAGGUGGAGGUGGGUGGACAGCUGCAGCAGCGUACUGCCCCGCUGAGCCUGGCCCAUGGGGAGGAGGGUUUGCCCAGAGGCCAGGCGGUCGACUUGGCUUAUAGUAACUACCAUGUGAAGCAAUUCCUGGAGGCGCUCCUGCGCCACAGUGCUGUCCAGAGCAAAGAGGACGCGGACCAACACUUUUCUCGGAGUUUGGAGGGAAGACCAGGUGGUGCAGAAGUAGCAGCCAUGAGUUCCAUGAUGGAUGUGCAGACUGACUGGUAUGGAGAGGACUCAGGUGGUGUGCUGGUGGUGCCCAUCAAGCUGCACAAGUGUCCUUUCUGCCCCUACACUGCCAAACAGAAGGGCAUCCUUAAGCGUCACAUCCGCUCACACACAGGGGAGCGGCCCUACCCCUGUGAGACCUGCGGCAAGAGGUUCACCCGCCAGGAGCAUCUGCGGGGCCACGCGCUCAGCGUCCAUAGGUCCAACCGUCCAAUUAUCUGCAAGGGCUGCAGAAGAACCUUCACAAGUCACCUGUCGCAGGGGCUGCGGCGCUUCGGGCUGUGUGACAGCUGCACCUGUGUUACAGACACACAUGAUGAUGAUGACGAAUUGAUGCCCAUCAACCUUAGCCUGGUGGAGGCUUCGUCCGAGAGCCAAGAAAAGAGUGACACAGACAAUGACUGGCCAAUCUACGUGGAGUCUGGUGAGGAAAACGACCCCGGCGGAGAGGAUUCAGAUGAUAGACCCCAAAUUCAGCCCAGCUUAUCAGAUGGAGAGAUGCUUACGUAGCAAUAAAUUAGUGGCGAAGAGGGUUUAGAAUUUGUUCUUGCCAGUCCUGUGGUUGAAAGCCACCCUUUGUCCAAUUUUGUGGAACCCUGAGAAGAACAUUUUUUCACUGUUAUUUGCAUUUCUGUUAGACUACAUGGUGGAGGUUGGAUUCUGUGACUCAAAGGACUUUUUAGUGCCGCCCUUGAUUUCUGAAAGCUUUCUGAGUGAAUCAAGGUUGGCUCUGAGGCGUCCCGUUUUUCCUGCCAUGCAUCCAAACUCUGGUUUGAAGGAAGAUAACAAAAUCUCCAUACUUUUUUCAUAGUGUCUCAAUCUUUCUGCAUUCCUGUGUCGUCAUCCUCUUGCUCUGAAAAGGUGGGCAAGAAUAUAUUAAGUUUUGAGAUCAAUCUUACUUCUGCCAAGCCUCUUCUAAUGAAUUCCAUACUUUAAUUUUCUGGUGAAGUAUUAAGGAGAAAGUUUCCUUGAUAUAAGGCAGACACGGUCGUCUGGCUAUAUGACUGUAAAAAUUACUUUCUAAAUCUAAGAUUGCAGUGUUAAAGGCUGGGGGUGUUUAUGUGCAGACAAGCAUGGAAAUGAGCUGAAAGUUUCCUUAUGGCACUGUGACUUGCCCCGUUGAAUUAAAUGUUAAAUUAGCCCCGGGAAGGGAGCCUGAGAGCCCAGGUCUGGGUGGUUUCCCUGUCUGGCUUGGGAUUUAACAAUUCUGUGCACACAAAUAACCUGUUUUAUGAUCAUAAAACAAGGCAUUUGGGCAAAACUCAAAAUGCUCCUAUGCGUUUUCCAGCCAUUUCCAAGAAGCCACUACUGUGUAACCUGGAAAUGCAGCCGCCACUGACAUUCCUUUACUUCGUUUAUGAAUAGAACUUUAAUUGGAGGGAAAGGGUAAGCCAAUAUAAGCAAGUUAUAUGUCUAAAUUGUUUACCUUUUAAAAGAUCCUUUGGAGGGAAAGGGAAGGUUACUAGAAGAACAGGUUUUUAAAACGAGUCUGCUUUUCACCCACUUUGCAGCCAUGCAAUUAUUCUAACAAAAGAGACUGUACUUCUUUAAAAGUCGAAAGAGCAGGAAAUAUUAGGGAUUAAAGAUAUUUAAGGCACUUUCAUAAUUUUGUCUUAUGUUAAAGUAUCCAAAAUGAAUUUUCUUCCUUUAAUUUUACUAUAGUUGUAUUUCAAAAGACGGUAAAAAAAAAAAAAAAAAAAACCACUUUCCUUUCUGCCUCUUGAACAAAAAGAGAUAAUCAAAAAAUUGUAAAUUGGCUUGUAAAUAAAUGUUAGCAUUGAAGGGUUCAGAAGGUGUUUAAACUGUACUUCUCAAUAGAAGUUAGAACCCUAGGAUGGUGCUAGCCCCAGACAGCAGCUGAAUUCUUGGACCCCAGUCCACACAGUAGGACCACACAUUGGCCUGAAGUAGACUGGAAGUUUAAAAACCGGUCUAUUAACAGAGAUAGUUGGAAAAUUAUUGUUCUAGAUCAAGAAUUACACAUUGAAAAUUUUCAAGGACCAGAAACACUUCUUACCAGAAAUGAAAAUAUUAGCGUUGUUUUAAAAGCAGGACCUUAGCAAAAGGGAAACCUAAAAGGAGGUGUAGAAGAUAUACUUUGCAGGGAGUUAUGUUUGAUAUUUUCGUUCUCUCCGUUCAAAGCAUUUCUGAUGUUUUCAUAUGACUUUUCUACCUCACAGUUCAACGCUCUGCCUGCCUUCUCUGGCAGAGCAGUGAUCCUCUCUGGUGACCCCAUAACCUAUUCACAUCACUGGGUGCCAAAUAAAAAAUUUUACAUUAGAGAUUACACUCUAAGACAGUGAUUUUCAACUGGGGGUGAUUUUGCCCCCCAGAGUACAUAUAUCUGGCAGUGUCCGGAGACAUUGGCUGUUUGGAGUUUGCGUGUUGGCAUUGGGAAUAGCUGAAUUCGGUCACUGAAUUCUAUCACUUUUAAAGGAGAUAAUUCCUCUGUGUGGACUAUCAGAUAAUAAACUGUCCUCAGUUUUAAAUUUAUGUUCCCAUUUGGUGGUCAGUAUUUAUAAUCUGCACAGUGUCUUUGAGGUUUAAUUUGUGGAGUUGGUGAUAUUUUUAUAAGUAAAUUCACAAUUGGGCCCAACGCAGACCAUUAGUGAUUUAGUUUAUAUUUGGCAUCUUUCUGGCAUAUUCAGUCCAAGUUUGCAAAGGGAUUUUUUUUUCUAAUAUUACAUAUACUGCAUGGAUGGGAACAGGAUUUUUACUUGUAAUGGGAUUGAAAAGCGGCACCCUUGGGAAGUUGUUUCUUUUGGGAGAAGGAAACAGGCUUUCACAGGGGUUGGAAAGGAAUAUAAAUAAGGCCUGGAUCUGUAAUACCUUUAGAAAUGACAUAGAGCAUCAUGGCUUCUGGUCAUUUGGCAGAAAGAUGCCAGUCUGAUGUAAAUAUUUUGGUGGUCACUAUACUUUGAAUAUUCCUUAAGAAAGCUAUUGACCCAGUGGUCUGCAGAAUGUUGUGAAAUAGAGUAUCCUGGAGGUUCAGAAUAUUAUGAAGGGUUUUUUAAUUUUGUUGUUGUUGUUAAUUGAUGUUGUAAUAAACCCCACGUAGAGAAAGGCAACAGGCAGGGCUGCAUGCACUGAUUCUGAGGGCGGUGGGGAGACUGGAGUGGCCUUUGGUCACUUGAAUUCUUACUGUUUCAUCUGGACGUCUAGGUUUUUCUUGUGUGUCCUUUGUGCAUUGACAAUAGAAUUAUCUCUGUGAAGUGUAAUGUAAUAGGGUAGAGAGGGGCAAGGGGAUGGGGUGGGUGAGAAGUUCCUGUUACGCUCUGUUUUGAGCAUUACCACUGUACUUCCUGUCAUUGUUGGUCCUUUGUAACUUGCUUUGUGCUUUCAUGUGUUCGUGCUGUCUUUUAACCCCCAAAGGGGGGUGCUUUAUUCAGUUGCUUAUGAUAGGCAAUGUUUUCAUUGAUUUUUGCUCAAUAUUUCCACCAAAUAUUGCUGUGUUCCUCAAACGUUUCAUUAAAGCUAUGAAAAUUUGAAUUCUUUUCUUCAAAUAAUGCUUCUAUAGAGUUAAAUGAAAAGUUGUUUGGCAAGGGUAGUUUGGUUGGUUUCUAAUACGUCCUAGUUUUCAAAGGUGACACUAACUCACACCAUUGUGAUCAGAUGAUAUGGAAGCUUCAUAACUUGAGGAGGACAUUUAGCAUCUGUUCUGACCCUCCAGAUGGAUAAUUUUACUACUGCCGAUGCUUCAUUGACAGCUGUGGUUUGGGGAAACUAUUUUUAUAUCCAUCAUUUGAUAUUUUGGCCCUCUGUCAGUAGCAUAUUAAAAAUUAUUGGGGGUUAAGAUUGGGAUUAUGUGUUCAGAUGAAGAAGGUUUAGCAGUAACAAGCUUGGGGAUUUUAAGGGAAGGCAUCAAUUUGAGAUAUAUGUCUUGAUCACAUGUAAUGGAUAUGGAUUAUCUGUCAUGCAGACUGUGAAGGGUAUGAUUAGGAUUUUUUUGGAAGCAGAAGAAUAUGCCAGACAGUUUCACUUCUUUCUAUUAUCCAUAGUCUCUGAGGAGCUUCUCCUGCCACCAGAAAAAGCAAGCAAAUAGUAAUAUAGUGCCCUCCAGGGGUCUACUUAGGCACAAUCGAAUGUUUAGAAACAUUCAAACUCAUAAACUACCACAGCAGAUUCACUUAGAAGGACAUAGGAUGGGAAGCACGGGUCACCAGCAGGGCAGAGCCAGUCGUUGCUCCUCCAUCGGAGUCCCUGCAUCUGUCCCUGUGGUUCAGGUGCAAGGAGACAGACACACAUCAGGCAAGUAUGGAAGCUAUUCUGGCUUAAAAGCCUCUUGUCCCAUGGGGGCAAGUAUCUCUUAUAACAACUCCAUAGAAAUAACUUCCAGGGUCCCCACAAGAGACAUGUCUCUUCCAAGAGUCACUGUGGUUCAGGAAGCCCAGAGGUGUGGCUUCCUAUCAGGCAUUUGUAGUUCUCCCAGUCUGGAUACAGUUCACCAGUUCGGGGUCAUUUCUACCAUAUGUAAUGUUGCCUAGCAACAUGGUUGAUAUACUACUGUUUGUUAGGUUGCCAGGGGAACAGAGCUAGAAAGUUAACCCAAGGUUAAAUUCUCACACAGAAGGGGAAAAGGUUUUGUUAAUCCUUUACCAAACGGUAUGCUGAGCAAUUACAUAAGAGUUACUGCACCUAGUUCCUAUGAAAUAUAGCCAGAGGAAUUUCCUGUUAAAAUGUAGCCCACACCAACUCACUUUUCCUUGAAGAGUAUUCAUUCUUUGUGCUUAGCUACUCAUGAUUAAUACACUGCAAAUUUUGCUGAGGUAUGUGUAAGAGUUGGAUAAAUGGUCCCGUCAAAAUUAUCCCAUCAAAAUGUCUUGUAUCCUUUGGUGCUACUCAGAGUAGGCAGGUAUAGUAUAACAUACUAUAGGGACAUCAUUGAAUGGAAAUUUCUGGGGAUCCUAUCAAUCACACUUUGAUAGGAACCUAUGUCCACCUGGCAACCACCAAACACUAGGCUCUUGAUAAUGGUGCCUCUUAUUACUGUAUCAUGUGAUGCUACCCUUGCCUGCUUCUGUUGCUCCUGGAAGAGCAAUAAGUGAGGACAGCCAGUUAUUUAUUCAACGGUUAUUCAAUAAUUAUUUAUGGAGUCCUUAUUAUGUGUCAGGCACUGGACCCCUGAUGUACUGUCAAGGGUACAUCAAUGAACAAUUCCUGUCCUCGCAGAACUUGCACUGUGUAAUCAGGGGGGCCAACAAACAACACAGUUUGGGGUGUGACAAUAGGGGCAAGGACAGGGUGCCCUGAAAGUGCUUGGGUAGAGCAACCAGCCCAGUCUUAAAGCCUCAGAGAAGUCUUUCUUGUCUAAGCUACUGUUGUGGUGGUCCUUCCCAUCCAGUAAACUUCGUGCUUUGGGAUACAAUUUAUAAGCAACUUAAAUAGUUUCUGACAUUUCCUGCCUUUUCCAAACAUGGUGGCUUUGGACAUUAACAGUGUUUAAAUUACAUGCUUUAUUCAGGUAUAUAAAAAUAUUACAAAAAUUCAGAAUAUCCUAGUCGUUAGAAAAUAUGCAUCAGAUGCUGUGGGAUUUUUUUUGUGUGUGUGUGGUACGCGGACCUCUCACUGUUGUGGCCUCUCCCAUUGCAGAGCACAGGCUCCGGACGCGCAGGCCCAGCAGCCACGGCUCACCGGCCCAGCCGCUCCGCGGCAUGUGGGAUCCUCCCGGACCGGGGCACGAACCCAUGUCACAUGCAUCGGCAGGCGGACACUCAACCACUGCGCCACCAGGGAAGCCCAGAUGCUGUGGUUUUCUUAUUCAAGAAACAACAACAGGGACUUCCCUGGCGAUCCAGUGGUUGAGACUUCGCCUUCCAAUGCAAAGGGGUUCGGGUUCGAUAUGUGGUCGGGGAGCUAAGAUCGCACAUGCCUCACAUCCAAAAAAACCAAAACAUAAAAAAACCCCAUAAAACCCCCAAAAAACAGAAGCAAUAUUGUAACAAAUUCAAAAAAGACUUUAAAAAUGGUCCACAUAAAAAAAAAAAAGAAAAGAAA